CUUUAUUGUGGUGGCAACUUUUAUCCCCGCAGCAGAACAAGCCAGAGAUCAUUAAACUCACUCAAAAAGCGCUUUCGUCUGCAGCGAGCAGGAGAACGGCGACGAUGGGAUUUUAAGGAGAACACAAACGAACUCAGACUUGUAGAUUUUAAAAGCUUAAAUCAGAAAAAAGUAAAAGUUUCGCGAAUCCGCUGGAUGCUGCGAUGCGCAGAAAGUAACCGGGAUCCUCAUCGCUUCUACGUUCCUCAUCGAGUUAGAAAACGCCAUGAAAGACGACUUUGGAGACGAGGAGGAAGUACAAUCUUUUGGAUACAAGAGGUUCGGGAUCCAGGAGGCCACCCAAUGCACCAAGUGUAAGAACGAAUGGGCUCUGAAGACCUCCAUAGCUCUGCUUUAUGUGCUGUGUACUCUCCUAACUAUUGCUGUCGCUGUGCUGGGGUACAAAGUGGUGCAAAAAGUCGACAGCGUAUCCGAAGGUAUCGCAAACUAUGGAGGAAAGAUAACUGCUGUAGAGACCGAUUUAAAAAAGCUUGAUGAUCAAGCAGGAGAGAAGUCAGACAAUACCACCACAGAGAUCCAGGCUUUUAAGAACAACAUCUGGGCUCUACAGAGACGACUGUCUGCGGUGGAAGAACACAUCCAGAGCAGUCAAGUUAAGCUAAAUCAGCUACAGAAGACUGACUCUGACAUUCAGAACAACCAAGGCUCUAUUCAGGGACUGCUCAAUAGUAACAGUGCCUCCUUGCGCUCUGUCAAUGGCUCUCUGCAGUCCCAUGGCAGUAUCAUCAAAGGUCUACAGGAGGACACAGGCAGGAUGCAGAAGGAGUUUCAGAAGCAGGUCAAUAUGCAAAACCAGGCGCUGUUUAGCAUCAGCAAUCUCAACGUCACUCAAGCCCAGCAGAGAGGCCUUAUCGCAACUCUGCAGCGUUCAGUUAACGAAACCAGCCGGGCAAUCCAGAAAUUGCGCAUUGACUACCAGAACCUGGAUCAGACUGCCCGACAGACACGCUCUGAUGCUGAGUGGCUUCGUAGUAAAAUGGACCACCUGCAGGUCAUGGCCAGUAAUGCCUCAGCUUUAGCGAAAGCCAACAACGACACCCUGGAGGAUGUGGGGGCACAGCUCACUUUUAUGACCAGCCAACUCCAGAAUACCAGCAGCCUGACUGAGGUUCAGGACCAGACCCUGAGGGAGAUCAUGGACCAGCAGAGGGACUUCCACAACCUCACUUCCACUAAGUUUGACAGGUUGGAGGUGAGGUUGGAUGAGUUGGAGCAAAAUAUGGACCGUGUGACAGGCAACAUCAGCUUCUCCACUCAGCUCCUUGGUGCCAUAAACCUUAACCUAAAUGACCUGCGCACUUGUUCAGAGACUGUUGGUCGUCACUCAGACUUCCUGGUGAGCCUGAACAGCACUGUGGCAGAUGUGAGGACAGAUGCCUCCAGUCUGAGGUCACAACAGGAAGAGCUAGCAGCCCGUUUGGACAAGGAGGUCACCAGCCUUUCUAUUAUCAUGGAGGAGAUGAAGCUGGUGGAUACCAAGCACUCACAGCUCAUCACCAACUUUACCAUUUUACAGGGUCCACCUGGUCCCAGAGGGUCGAGGGGGGACAGGGGAUCUCCAGGACUACCUGGUCAAAGGGGCCAAAAGGGAGAAAGAGGAGAUAAAGGAGCUCCAGGAAUAAGAGGACCUAAAGGCGAGCCGGGUAGCCAAGGACCACCAGGUCUUCCAGGGUUAAAGGGACUCCCUGGUGUGCCUGGAAGCCCCGGGUCAAAAGGUUCUCGGGGAUCGGGUGGCAGGGCUGGACCUUCAGGAGCUAAAGGAGAACCAGGGGCUGCUGGCCUACCUGGAAGAGAUGGACAGCCUGGUCCUCAAGGGCCACAAGGCCCAUCAGGCAUCCGUGGACCAAAUGGACCAGCUGGAGAGCAAGGACCAAGGGGACUACCUGGGCCAGUGGGGCCUCCAGGACCUAUGGGAGCACCAGGGCUACCAGGAAUCCCAUUGCAAACUCAUGUACCUUUUGGACCAGUGUCGUUGCAGGAUGACACGUUGGCUCCUGUUCUGUGGGCUCCAUGGUGCCCUGCUGGGUGGGUGAACUUCAGAAACAACUGCUACUUCUUCUCAAAAGACCUGCUCAGUUUUGACGAUGCAUCGCAGAGCUGUGAAUCGAGAUCUGCAUCGUUGCUGAUCAUCAGUGACACGGAGGAGCAGAAAUGGCUGGAGAAGCAGGCGGCUGGAAAAGGUUACUUCUGGAUGGGUCUGACGGACAGGGAGGAGGAGAACGUGUGGCGUUGGGUGGACGGGACCGAACCGACCUUCAAGAAGUGGAAGCCGGGGCAGCCAGACAAUUGGGGCCACAACCACGAAUCAGGAGAAGACUGCGCUGGUUUCAUCCACGAAGGGUUAUGGAACGAUUUCUUCUGUGAAGAUCUCAUAAGCUACAUCUGUGAGAAGGAAAUGAACACCUCAAGAACAUAGCGACACGGUGAAUGAAAGCUAACAGCGAGCAGCUAAUUCUUCGUCCGAGUGGCGCCGGGUGACGCAGCAUGUGGACAGUCCGGACAGAAAGCGUGAAGGGACAAGCCCAGGGCUGCAGCAGUAAACAUCUCCCUGAUGCCGUCUCCUCCGGAGCGAAGCCAGUCCAUCCUUGUCAGCCAAGUGCAAUACAACAGGGCAUAAAAAGGAGGGGAAACUGUUUAUUUGUCAAAUUUUUUAUAUCUAUUUUAAUGUUACCAAACACAUUUUAUAUGUCUGUACUCUUUGUACAACCAAAUAUCUGAAUGUUUUUAGUUAGGUGACUUUUGUAGGGAAAUAUAAAUGCUAUGAAGCCGGAAGGACUGUAAUUUUGUUCGUUCUUGUCUUAAGAAGAAAUGAAAAGAUGCAAAAUGGCGUGCUAAAACACGACGUUGAUCUUGAAGGAAACUUAUCUAACCUCAUGAAUGUCUACAUCAGGGGUGGGGAACCCUGGUCCAUCGAGGGCCCCAGCAUAUUUUAGUUUCAACCCUGCAUCAUCACACCUGAUUUCAAUCAGCAGGUGAUUAACGGGCUUCUGUGGAGCCUGAUGAGCUGCUGAACAGCUGAAUCAACCACUGAAUCAGAAGUGUUGGGGCACAGACGUGCAGGAUACCGGCCCUCGAGGACCAGGGUUCCCCAUGCCUGGUCUACAUUCUGAUUUCAUUAUGCAUAAGAAUGAAUACAUUUACAUAAUCUUAGGAAACUCUCCCAAUCAGCUCCGUUUACUUAUUCCACUUUUCUAAUUUGUGGAAACAAAGCUGUUCUCUUUCUAAGAAUAGAAACUGUGCUGUUUUUUGCACUCAGGUUUAAAUAAAUAAAAAUGAAGGAAAAUAAACAAAUAAAUUACAAAAUUUUCAGCUUAUUUUGAUUUUUUGGGGGAAAUUAGCUUUCAUAGUGCGAAGUUCAUCACAAAACUCCAUUCACUGUUGAAGAACUGACUUUAUUCACGUUGCACAAAAAGUUUCACAUUUUUAUCGCUUUUUUUCUCCUCUCUCCCAGAAAGUGAAACUGAACAUUUGUUUUUCUCAGAUCACAAGCAGAACUGUUUAUUCCCUUUAACUAUGCAAUCCAUUCACUCAGUCCUUUCACAUCCUACGUUUUUUUUCCUGCUCUAGGCCAAUCCCAGUCGCUCCGUCAGCUGCGCAGAAGAUUGAGAAGAUCUUAUGAUAGCACCUUUGGUAGGAGGGAGUCUAACUACCUUUCUACGGUUCUUUUAAAAAACAAAACAAAACACAGACCGAUGACUGCGAGUACUCACAGAAACGUCAGCCUUGCUGGCUUGAACUUCUGCAAAGACUCCGGUAAAUGAACUCGACACCGUAAACAUCAAAACAUGAAAGAAUGCAGGAGCUGAGCCAAGCAGACAAAGCAUUAAGUUUGAGCCUUGCUUGCUCUAAGUGAGACAGAUUAAGAGAGAAAGGCUUCGUAUUAACCGCUCAUUUCACAUUUUACACAAAUAUACACAAAAGCAGCAGCACAUUGUCCAAAUAUAGGUUUAUUGUUGAGGUAUGGGGAAACCGACUUUUGUUUGAACCUUGUUUCGUGCAGCUAUGUGUCUGAAAUGUCUUGGUGGGGGGGCAUUUUAAACAAUAGAUCUGGUAAUUUAAUGGGAUGGAGGAUUAUUGAGACCACACUUCCUUUUCCAUGUUUUCCUUUCCACGUUCCUGCUUGGUGGUGUGGCUCUGUUUCUCUUCAGUGAUGUAAGGCUGAUGGGUGAGAUGAGGAAUCAGUGCUGAGAUGUGGCAUCAAACUUUUGUCUCAAGCUCCAGAACUUCUUUUUUGCACUGUAAACGUCAGGACUCUGUGCUGAUUAAUGCUUGUUGUUGUUUUCUGAUCACUGGUCUGAUCGUCAGCCAGGUCAGCUGUUUUUCAGGUCCCGUGGAAUUAAGAAUGUUGACGGCCAAAAAGAUAGAAAGGGGAGGUGGAGGCGGGCUGUCUCAAACUAACUCAUCGGGUGGUGCUCGUCUAUUCGUCCUUCUCCACUAUGACCUCCCCGUGAAGCACCCUCCUCCUCUGUCGCAGCAUGUGCAAGUAGAGCUGAGGAAACACUGGAG